GUGAUGAAUGGGGAAGGUGGAAUUAUGCUAUAGUGGCAAUGGAUGCCAUACCAUACACGAAUCCUGUGAAACAGUAUAAUGCCGAGGAAAUGCUCAGAGAAGUGAAUAAGGCAUUUUGUGGGUUCACCGAUGAACUAUUUCCUAAAAGAAAACUGCCCUCUGUGGUCGCUACUGGAAACUGGGGUUGUGGCGCUUUCCGAGGUGAUGUGGAACUAAAAUUUAUACUUCAAAUGAUGGCAUGCGUUCAGGCUGAGAAAUCACUAGCCUAUUUUACUUUUGGUGAUCAUCUAUUUUGUGAUAGAAUCUAUGAAAUGUAUUCAUUACUUUCUUCUCGAAAAGUGACUGUCGGAAAACUGUGGAGGAUACUGACUGAAAAUGCCGGGUCUAUGUUGAACACUAACGGUUCUGUAUUUGAUUUUAUUUCUCGAACUUUGGAAUAUACGCAAUGAAAAAGAGGACUGUAAAAUGUCAUUUCGUAAAAUGUGUCUGUUCUUUUGUAUUUAUGACUUGCUGAAUUAACUUUAUUUGUAAUUGCCUGUUUUCUUUUUUUCGUGUUUCACGGUGUUUGGCAAAAACAAAUCGAUCAACAUCACAAAAUCUCUGUACAUAACAUAGUUUUAAUCUAUAUCUUGUAGUGUAUAUGCUAUUUUGUUGCCUCAUUAGCUGACGACAAUAAGGCUUUAAUGGUGGGAGAUGAUAUAAUCGGGAAUUUGAAUGGAUCGAUGCUAAAACACCGAACGUACUUUUGACUUGGAUUGUGUCAUUCAUCUGAUAACUUCAAAUUUUCUGUACACCACACUGUCUAAAUACUAAAUGCACUUGCCUGUGGCUUUUCCAUGUCUGAGGCACUCAUUUUAAUAUGAUUCAAACCAACAUUAAACAAAAAUAUAGUAUAUUGCUAUAAGCCGUUGUUGGAGUGUAUCAGUGGAAAAUUUCCGCUUUUUCUGGAGUACCAGUUGGGACUCCGAUUACGCGCUAGUAUGGGCUCAUGUAUGUUUACACCUUACAGG